UGAAAAACCCUUCCAAUUGAUUCGAGUAGCGCAGGGGAACUGGAAGAUGGGCAAAUUAUCGCCAUCAUUUCGUUCAGCUCUCUCCACCGUCGUCGUUAACAAACCGCCCCAUUCUCCGGCGGCGCCUCCGCUUUCAUCCAAGAAACCAACCCAAAGUGUUUCCCGGAAAAGUCCAUCGGGUCAGAGCUCCGGCCACCCUGAAAAGCCUAAACUCCCAACGGUGUUCAAAUCGGCUGGUCUCGCAGAUGCCAAGAAGCUCUACGCCUCUUUCAUCUCCACUACAAAAGCCCCUCUCGACCUUAGAUUCCAUAAUUCCCUCCUUCAGUCUUACGCUUCAAUCGCUACACUCAAUGACUCCAUCUCUUUCCUCCGCCACAUGUCCAAAGUUCAACCUUCCUUCUCGCCGGAUCAAUCGACCUUCCAUGUCUUACUCGCCACCUCCGGGAAUGAUCCUGAUUUCUCUCUCGCAUCGGUUCGCCAAAUUCUCAAUUUCAUGGUCACCAAUGGCUUCGACCCUGACAAGGUAACCACUGAUCUUGCUGUGCGUUCGCUUUGUUCCGUAGGUCUGGUUGAUGAAGCUGUAGAAUUAGUUAAGGAAUUAUCGCAAAAACACUCGCCUCCUGAUUCGUAUACAUAUAAUCAUCUCGUUAAGCAACUUUGCAAGUCCAGAGAUCUGUCUACGGUUUAUGAUUUUAUUGUUCAAAUGCGUAGUAGCUGUGGUGCGAAGCCCGAUCUCGUUACUUAUACAAUAUUGAUAGAUAAUGUGUGUAAUAGCAAGAAUCUACGUGAGGCUAUGCGGUUGGUGAGUUUGCUGUACAAGGAGGGUUUUAAACCGGAUUGCUUUGUUUAUAAUACAAUUAUGAAGGGUUAUUGUAUGAUUGGCAGGGGCAGCGAGGCAAUUGGAGUUUAUAAGAAAAUGAAGGAGGUGGGAUUGGAGCCUGAUGUUGUAACUUUUAAUACGUUGAUUUUUGGGUUAUCGAAGUCAGGGCGAGUUAAGGAAGCCAGAAAGUUUUUGGACAUUAUGGCAGAGAUGGGUCAUUUCCCUGAUGCAGUUACUUACACUUCAUUGAUGAAUGGAAUGUGUUGUGAGGGUAAUGCUUUGGGAGCACUGUCAUUGCUUCAGGAGAUGGAGGCAAAGGGGUGCAGCCCCAAUUCGUGCACGUAUAAUACGCUGCUUCAUGGGUUGUCGAAGUCUAGGCUUUUGGAUAGAGGGAUUGAAUUAUAUGGUUUGAUGAAGGCUAGUAAUAUGAAGCUUGAAACAGCUUCCUAUGCUACUUUUGUGCGGGCACUUUGCAGGAGUGGUAGAAUUGCUGAAGCUUAUGAAGUGUUUGAUUAUGCAGUUGAGAGUAAAAGUCUGACUGAUGUUGCUGCAUAUUCAACGUUAGAGAGUACAUUGAAGUCUCUGAAGAAAGCAAGGGAGCAAGCCCAUGCCGGAUAACUGACAAUAUCUGAGCCAGGAACAUUUUACCCAUAACCCUUACAUAUUCUUCACUGAGCUUUCAUAACCUUCUUGGCUCAGACAUUGUCAUCAAGGUUCGUAACCUCUAUGUAAGUGUUGUCCUACAACCUUGAUGCUUUCACAGAGCUUUCUACUGCUUGAUGCAGUUUUUUUAAUUGACAUUAGUUUACCCUCACUAUGUCAUUGAUCUGUUAUGCAAAGUUCUGCUGAUUGUACAUAA